UGAACGAGGACGAAAGCUACAAGAAAUUACAUAUAGUACUAUUCCCACAUUGCCCAUCAUCUAAAUCCAUAGGUACAUGGUACCCUGGGUAGUUUCUAGAUUUAUCUUCCAUUUUAUAAAACUUCUCCUUAUUAAACUUCAACAAUGGGGUGGGCGUCUUGGCUGUUCGUCAUGGAGGACUAUAUUGUCGGAAAACUUCUGCGAUCCCCGACCUUCCAGCGAGGCGUUCGACGCAUCCACCAAACCGUGGAGGAUUAUAAACACGGACGAGACCCGAGCGAGCCCUUGCGAGAAGGAGAAGCUACUCGGCGGCCUUCAAACUCCAGAUUGAGCGGGUUUAUGUCCCACUUCGCCGACGAACUCCGUAAUCAAGUUCGCGAUACGACAAUUCGCCGUCCUAAGAAAUAAGCAAUACUGAAAAGGGUAAUAACCAUAUUGAUGGUUAUGAAAAAUAUAUCGUGCGCAACUAGACGGUAAAACGGCUAGAAUCCAGGGGGUAGCGCCGACUACUCAGUUAGGAGGAUUUAUAGCUCGUUUCGUUUGCCAGAAUCGCCAUAUUACAAGGACGUUCAGCAAUUGACAAAAAGGUAUUCUGUCACGGCGGAAUCGGCUGUGUCUGGCUUGCUAGGACCUGUGAUACAGUUACUAAAGUCACUUCGCGGCAUAUUUAACUCGACAGUAUGACCAGUAUGACUCCAUAGGGGUCCAUAGAUCCCUUACCAUUCGCCGAUACUGUGCCGCAAGACUGCCUUCAACCAGAGCUUUUCGUCACGCAUAACUCCGGUAUCAUAUCAAACUUAGCAAGUCAC